AUGCCACCCAAACCAGCGCCCUUCCCAGGCUUCACCCCACUAUCAGACCGAAUCUACCUCCGCAAUGGCAACGCAACCACCAAACCACCACCCGCCUCGCACCCAACAACAAUCAUAAUCUUCGGCUGGGGCGACGGCAUGCCCAAACACGUCUCCAAAUACGCCGAAGGCUUCCACGCCCUCUACCCCUCCUCGCGCAUCCUAGUCGCCAUCUCCAAAACCCUGCACGCCUCCAACCAACCCCUACACGACCGCAUCGCGGCCAUGAUGCCCAUCAUCGACACCGUCUUCCCAACGCCAACGGGCGACGGCGGCGCCGCCGAACCCGAACGCGUCCUGCUCCACGCCAUGUCCAACACGGGUGGGAUCUUCGUUGCCGCCGCGAUGGUGGCGUACCAAGAGCGGCACGGCAAGGACAAAACCAUGCCGCACGAGCUGCUGGUGUGCGACUCGACGCCGGGCGGGCUAGUGUUCUCCGCGCAGGUGGGCCGGUGGUCGCGGGCGAUGGCGGUGGGGACGGCGAAGAUGUUUCCGUGGCCGUUUAUCGUUACGCAGGCGCUGUGGUGGGCAUUUUUGUGGGGGAGUUAUCUGCUCGAGGUGAUGAAGGGGUCGGAGGCGUCCGGGGUGUGGGCGAAUCGGGUUAUGAAUGAGGCCGAGGUGACGAGGCGGGAGAGUAGUCGGUUGUAUUUGUAUUCGAGGGAGGAUGAGAUUAUUGGGUUUGAGGAUUUGGAGGAGAAUGUUGCGGGCGUGAGGAUGUUGGGGUAUCGGGCUAUUGAGACGGAGUUGUUUGAGGGGUCGCCGCAUGUUGGGCAUAUGAGGAUGCAUCCGGAGCAGUAUUGGAAUAGGAUUGCUGGGUGUUGGAAGGCUGCGGUGGGUGUGGAGUGA